AUGUCGUGCUUCACGCCCCGAGCAGUCCGCCUUCUCACGUUUUUUUCGGCAAUCUUGCUCCUGCUUUCGGUGGUUUCAAAAUCGCGAAAAAGGGCGCUGUCGAACUAUGUCGUCUCAAGAAAACGUGAUCCAGCACUCGCGAGUCGCGUAGACGCAAUCUUGGAGAGGUCGCGUCUUGUGCGCGAGACCAUGAGCGCUUCUGGAGGAAAUUUUUCGACUGUCGUGAAGACAACGGCGCGACGUUGUGAUACUUUGCUCUCGUCGUCGUCUAGAAAGAAAUUCAGCAAGUCUCAGGACAAAGAAGACCAGUUCCUCGAGGAUUCGUUUUUCAAAGGCGUUUGCGAAGGUACGUACGUGGAGCUUGGCGGCUUGGACGGCGUCAAGUUUUCGAACACACACAUGUUCCAUCACGGUCUACGUUGGCGCGGGGUUCUCAUAGAGCCGAGUCCGAGGAAUUUUGCUCGCUUGACAGAGAACAGACCGCGCGACGAACUGUACAACGCCGCCGUUUGCGCGCAACACUCUCAGGUGCACUUUAUCGAAGCUCUCAACUCUGUGAGCAACGGGGCUAGCAGCGGCGUGCUGGAGUUCAUGGCGCCAUCAUUCGUCGAACACUGGAAGGACAGACUGACGGCAACGGGUUCGACGCUGACGAAGAUAGAAUGCAUGCCGCUGAGUGAUAUAUUGCUAAAGAGCGAUGCGGGGCGAACACACGUUGACAUGUUAAGUCUCGACGUCGAGGGUGCCGAGCUCGAAGUGUUGAGGACCCUCGAUUUCGACAAGCAUCAGUUCGGCGUGAUCUUCUACGAGGCUGACGAGCACGACCCUGUAAAAUACGCUUCUUACCUUGGCCCCGACGCGUUACCCAAAGGUGUGACGCUAGGGUCGAUCGUAACGAAGUCAAGACCCGAAGCUCCGAGGUCGUGCGUCGAAGCUGUACAGUACGCGAAUUUCCGCUGGUACGACUUGGGCGGCUCCGGGUCGAGUUCGAAAAACGGUGUGUACACCGAGGAGGUUCUUUCACAACUGCGAUACCGGCAAGACGUCGACAUCGCUCGGCGCGAGUACGAGACGCGACAUCGCGUGACGUUCGAAUGGAUUGUAAAUCCCCGCCCGGAUAACGUUUUUGUGAAUCCAAUACCAAUUUUAAGCGAAGUAAACUCUGCGAAGUUGUACGUGCCGAGUUGGGGACACGGAUACGACUCGCGUAGUUUAAGCGAAGACAAACGGCGAGUGGGUAUCAACGACCGAUUCUCGUUUGGUGGUCGCGAGGUGAUGGGGAAGUACAACGAGUUAUACGGAGUUUUGUGCGGCGGCAGUGGAGCAGGAGGGAAGAAGCUUAGUAUCCGAGCACGAGAAGCCCUCGACGCCGUGAUCACUAGAGACAGUUUACGAUGA